ACAGGGAUGAGGAGCUGCUGCUGCUCAGGCAUUAUCCAGGGAAGCCGCGAGGCCCCGGGAUGCACGGCGCGGGGCGGAGCCUGAUGCGGACGGGGACGUGGCCGGAGCGGCUGUAGCGGAGCGUGUGUGAGACCGCGCCGAGCCAGCGCCGCCGCCGCAAUGCCCGGACCCAAUCCCAGCGCCACCAGCGUCGGCUCCUCCGGCCGCUCCCCCAGCAAGGCUGUGGCUCCCCGCGCCGCGGGAUCCACCGUCCGGCAGAGGAAAAAUGCCAGCUGUGGGACAAGGAGUGCAGGCCGUGCCACGUCCACAGGGACUGGUGGGAUGUGGCGGUUCUACACUGAGGACUCUCCAGGGCUCAAAGUACUGACUGUAAGACAAAGAAGCCUUGUAAGAAUUAACGCAGCCCUACUAUGAAGAGGAACGGUUUCUCUGAAGAGUAACUCUUCCAUCAGAUUCUUUUCUCCACAUUAUCUUAUGGACAUAUCUGCUCAUUUUAUAUAUUAUUUUUAAGCUUCUCAGCAAAGCAUUUAGAAAUAUAACACUAUAGAAGUAUACUAUAACAUUUAGUAUAACACUCUAAUGAUUCUUCCUAAAGUUAAUCCAGUAACUCUAACAUUUUGAGGAGUAUUAGAGGUCUAGGUAGACUGAGAUUGAUUAUAUUUUCCGUAUGCAUCUUCAGCAUGGCUGCCUUUAAGUUUUGAGUCAGCCAUAAGCAAGAGAGCCCAUUAAUGGGUAGGGCCCUAUUUCUGAGUCCCCUUUGGUCAGGUACAUAGAGGAGCACUCCUGCAUGUAAGAAAAAUGAAUAGAUUCUCCUAGUUUCCAAUGCCUGUCUCAGUAGGUAUUUGUGGUAUUUCCUUCCCUAGGACUCAAGUACCAAGGAAGGAUUUGAGUCAGUGUGUAAUAUUCAUCCCAGGUCUGCAGUCUCCUGUGGACUCAUACAUAAGGUUAAAUAAAUGGAAAUAAAAAGAGAAAACGGACAAAGAAAUUAAGUCAAGAGCACAUGACAUAUGUUUCAUAUUGAUGAAAGAGUGAUGUGUAUUUGCUCUCAUCUCUGUAUAAGGGGAGCUCUGAAAAGUCACAGGGAAAGUCUUCAAUAUCAACUCUACCAUUUCUCUACUCAUGGAAAAUAAGAAUAUUAGUCAUAUUUUAGUCUAUUAGUCUUGCUGUUAUCAUACUGCAAAUUAACCUGGAACUGAUAUGAACAGAAGUGGGCUUUUCUUUUCCUGUGAAAUAAUUUAAAAAAUAUUUUAAAAUACUCACUUUCCAGGUAGUUCAUUCCAGUUCUUUCAUUUCUGGUAAUUCAAACAUGACAUAAACCUGACAACCAGCAUUAUGCAGUACUUGAGCCUUAGAGCCCAGUAGGCUGGAAGACCCCCAGAUUGUUCUGUGUGCAGCACAGAACACUACAUACACGCCAGGUCAUACUCCCAAGGGGUCCCUUUUCGACCCUCACACCCACAUCUCUCAAACCUCAGGCCGAUGUGCUCUCAAGGGGCCAAUCCCCUUUCCUGGCAGGGAUACUCCAGCCCUGGAGCCGGCUCUCCCGCGUGCCAGUCAGAAGGUGGCACCAUGGAGAUACGGAUGUCCCCGAGUGGCUGGGCUCCUCCCCUCCUCUUUGGUGCCAAGGCAAAGCAUCAGUUACACAUUAAUUUUCCAGUAGGAUCAUAAAACACUAAUCCUGAUUGCUGGUUGGAUGCAUUAUCAGCAUGACAGCGUCUCUCAUCACUAAACGAAAGGAAGAGAAUAUGCUGUCACUGCCUUUCAGUACUGGGUGGCCAAGCUGAGUGACUUUAUUCUCCAUCAUGUUGAGAGCAAGAGUUCAUAUUCUUUGCAGAAAUAAAAUAAAAUAAAAUAAAAUAAAAUAAAAUAAAAUAAAAUAAAAUAAAAUAAAAUAGAGAAGGUAGAAACCAGGUCAGGUUAGUAAGAACAACCAUUAAAAUACAUAGGAAAAAAAGUACAUAGAGUUAAAAUUAGAAAUGCCUAUGUGAGAUAUGAGUAAUAUCUUGUUAUAUUUUCUGUGAACUAUAUCAGUGCAGAGCAGAUGAUCAGAAAAGUUUUGGUCUGGUUGCUGGAGAAUAAUUAAUUAAAUGGGUAUAUGAGACGGAGAACAGCAGCGUGUUUCAUUUCUUGUGUCUUUUUUUUUUCUUUACUCUUCACAGCUGCAAGCCAAUGGCUAACAGAUCUGAGACAAAGACUAAAACAGGUUACUAGAGCAGGUUUGACAGAAUACAUUUGGUAGUUUUCAGAUCAGCUAUGCCAAAAAGCAUCCACUCUGGACUACUCUGGGUCAGGUAUCUGUCACAAAAAGAUUUGUUAUUAUUU